UAAAAAAAAAAAAAAAACACUACGACGCCGAGCUGUCCAUCUCGUCUUCUCCAUCGCGUUAGGGUUUUCAGAGCGUUGCAGUUUCCCUUCAUUUCCAACGAAAUCCUCUCACCACCGACCGUCAAUUCCUUGAAAUUUCAACUUCCCCGUACUCAUAAUCAACUCUUUCUUCAUCGAAACCCGCUUAAAGCUUAAAAAAAAUGAUAAAUUUAUUCAUAUCGGAGCCCAAUCAAAACGACAACGCAGAAGACGAAUCACUGAAACUGAGAAUCAAACUAUUGAACGAAUUAGAAACCGUUAUUUGGCCGGCGAUAAUCUCAGCAGGUCGCGCAGAAGCUCGAAUGUGGCUCUGCAAAACCCUAGCUGGAUUCAACUACGUCACGCCUCGCGAACAGCGUGCACUUUUCAUCAAUUUUCUAAAAGUUCCAAACAAGAACCACAAUCUCGCGUCUCAGCUUCUCAAUUUGAUGAUCGAUUUAUCGCCGCAAAAGCUUGGUUCUGUUUUAUCACGUAAUUCUCGGUUUCUCGAGAGUUUCUUCAACCGUAACCCUAAGCGUGUUUUGCAGUGGUUUUCGUUCUCUGGAUUGGAGCAAGGGAAAGGAUUGAGGGCUUUGUCGAAGUUUGCUUUUAAAAAUAGGGAUAUUUGUUGGGAAGAGUUGGAGUGGAAGGGAAAGCAUGGACAGUCACCUGCAAUGGUUGCUACAAAGCCUCAUUACUUUCUCGAUUUGGACGUUCAGAGGACGGUCGAGAAUUUUCUAGACAAUGUGCCUGAAUUUUGGUCGUCUUUUGAGUUUUCCGAGUCGGUGAAAGAUGGUGAUAUUUUUCUUAUUGAUAGGGGUUUUUUUGUUAGUUAUUUUAAGGAUUUAAUGUAUAGAGAGGAUUCAUGUGAUGUGUGGGAAGUUAUAGAAGAUUUCUUGGAAGAGCAGUCUUUCUCUUGUUUGUGUGAGCAUCUUCUCAUUAGUUUUGAAGAGAAGGAUUUGUGUUACUUUGUGGAGUUGCUUUGUAAGUGUCUUGACCCGAGAGUUGAAUUUCGAUGUUUGGAUGAUGUAUCUCGGUUAUUUGUGGUUAUUCUUUUGAAGUGUGGGGUUUCUGGGUCUAUGGACUUGAUGCUGCUAUUAAAUGCUGUCAUUGCUCAGGGGAGGCAGCUUCUAAGACUUUUGCGAGAUGAAGAGGCCAAUGAGUCACUGGCAAAAGUCAAUGAAAUUGUGUCGAAGAUAUCUGCAAUUCCCAGUGAUGGUAAUAGUUUGACCCUGAUUUUUAAGAAUAGGUAUAAGAUGGCAACUGUGGAAGUGGUGAAGUGUCUUGGACUUCAGUCUUGGGUUCUUUACUAUAGGUUGUCGCAAGAGUGCCGGACUCCUGAGUCCUGGGAGUCUGUUUUUGUGUAUAAUCAAAUUGGUUUCCGCAACUCCGAUAAACAUGUACUGAUAGAUGAAGAUGGACUGUUGACAGAAGAAGAUUGUUCUAGCUUUGAUCUCAUUUCUUCUGGUAAAGUUAAGAAAAAGAAGAAACAAAAAGCUAGAAAGAAGAGGAGAAGGACAUAUGAUUGUGAUGAUGGUAAUGAUGAUGAACUUCUAGAUUUUGAUUAUGGCACCCGGAACUUGGAUUAUCUUUCAAAUACUAAAAGUUGGUUGCUUUCAACUGAUAAGUACUCUUCAGCAUGGAAUAAUGCGGACUUACCUGAGCACCUUCACAAACUGUGUUUGUCUAGGUGGAUGAUAUGGCUUUUUGAAAAAUGAGUUCGGAAGUCUGCUUCACAGUAUCUACCAAAAAGAUGUUAUGAUAUCAUCAUUUCCACACUGUUGGAUGACGAGAUCAAGCACUCCUUAGUCGGUGUUUUCGACUCAAUUCAAAUGUAUAAAGCAGGUUGUGGCUCUUGAAGCUACUCGUGGCUAUUGUUGGUAAUGUGGAAAAUUUUAUGCCUCAUUUCAUUUUGAAGAUUCUGAAAUGCCUGUUUAAGUUGUACAGCAAAGUUGAUAAACCUUGGGUUCAUUGUGAGUAUCGCGAAGUGAUAAAAUCUUUGCUAAACUGCUUCACAGACUGCUACCACCACCUUAUGGUUCAAAACAUGGGUGUCAAUGUGUCACCCUUAUGUUCCGAAGUUCCAUAUUGCAAAUUCUCAUGGCUUCAUACGGGCAUUAUUCAGAAUGCUAUGAUGAGUGUGUCUAGGCAAGUGACAACACUAAAAUUCCAUGAGUAGUUUUCAGAGCAUAUUCAUCAAGUUGUAAACUUUACAUGUGGCAAUCUUUGGCCAAUCGGAAGUUAUUAUUUUCUGAUAGGAAACAGGGACGCAUGCUCUUGUCAUUGUAAGUCUUUCUUUUUUGUGUUUUACUCCUUUUAUAAAGCAAGUAAUAGAAUUAGAAAAUUGACUACUGGGAUUAAUUUCCAAGCGUCUUGCAGUAUAAGAAAGAAACUCAACUAAUAUCUUCUAUAACUCGUCGAUUAAUAUUUUGUUGAACUUGUGAUGUAUACCAUACAAGUUUGUUAUACAGAUAGUGCACAACUUUUUUUGAUGAUAACAAUUACUUAGCUAUGUGUUUAGUCACUAUUACACAUUUCUUUUUGUCCUUACAUUUUGAAAUACAUCUAUAACAAUCCAGUUUUUAUAAUAAGUUUAUUGUUUUGAAUGUAGCUCUGUUAAACUUCUGUCAAGGUUAGAAUGUUCAGAUUUUGCUUUAUAUUUGAUACUUAAUACUUAAUAACUUGCACCUCUGCUGUCUUAUUUCUAAAUGCUUCACCUGUGUCCACACAAAGAUGUUCUCUACUUGGGUGAUAAAUUUGGGGUUGUUUUAGAAUUGUUUUGAAACUAGAGAAGUAAAGUUAUUUGAAGUUGAUGAUAAAGGAAACGAUUAGGAUUUUGAAUUAUUAUCUGUUAAAAUUUUGGAGUCAUUUUUAUAAAAUUUUAAAUUUUUGGGCCAAAUUUAAAAUUUGAAAAAUAGAGAUUAAUUUGCAAUUUAUUGCAAAAUUUUAGGGGUCAAUUUUAAAAUUUUGGAAAAAAUAGGACGGGACGGGACAAUAAGAAUAAGUAUUAUUUAUGAGGUGUUUAUUUUAUUAUUGAAAUUUCCAUGUUUGUUUAACAUUUUCAUAAAUUAUGUUUGAGUACUUUUUAUUCUAAAGAUAUAUGACUUCAUUUUCUAAAUCAGCUCAGGAUUUGUGAACAUUUUUGUGUAGACUUUGCAGGAAUGAAGGAAAUUAUUUUUGAUUCCUUGAGAAAUUAUGCAAUGGUGAAACAGGUUUGGAUGAAGCAAGUGAAGGACACUGUUUGUUAAUAUUUUUAGCAAACAUUCACAAUUUUUUAUUUACUUGUAGGAUCAAAUUCGAAAAUUCUAAAGGACAUUUUAUUGUAAACGUUUUGAGAAAAUGCAUACGAUAGUGCUGUAAGAUUUCCUAAUGCAAAUAACUAAAGAACAUGAGCAAAUGCUCUUAAAUUAACAAAAGAACAAGAAAAAGUAAAUUACAAAAAGCAAUAAAAAAUGUUUAAAUUAAAGAAGAGACGCAAGUUCAUAUGCGGACUUUUAUGCGGACUUUUAUCUUCUGAUGUGUUUUCAUGUGUUUUUGGUUCUCGAACCGCUAUAAAUCGUUACUGCUAUCGAAAACAUCUUCAAAUUACCUAAUCAUAUAUGUCGAAAACUCCACUUGACUAUCUACACUUAAUAUUUAUACCCACCUCGUAUUUUACAUUCAUGUAAAAAAGGCUAAGUCGUAGAUCUUAAACUAACAUACGCAUAUUGGGAGGCUUUCUUCAACUUGAACUUGCAGAAAUGGUUGGAAAACAAUAUGAAGAGCAUGAUGAUUAGUAAACAAUAUGAAGCAGAACUUGAGUAUCAAUGAGGAGCAUGAUGAUUGGCAAGCAAUUUGGGUAACAUCCUAUCACACGAUAUGGUAUUGGAGAUGAGAUUUUAAUGCAGGUGCUAUAUUUUAAUGCAGGUGCACUAUAGCAUGAGCACAACUUUGCUAAACAAUUUCACUACUCAACAAAGAAUUACGAGACUUGUAGAAUGGUCUCCUCCUGAUGAUGAUUGAAUUACAAUAGGAGUUAACCUUAUGGAUGAUAUUAAAUUUUAUAAUGAGUGUCCUGUAUGACAUUUAUAUAGCUGAUAUCUCUGGGAUUUCUUCUAUGAGGAGUACUAUUAUACAAUAUUUUCUUUCCAGAA